ACACGCGCUUUUCUUAACUUCCCCACUACACUUUUCUGUUUGUUUCCGUAGAAAAUAUUUUCAACCUUUCCUGGGAAAAGAAAAAAAUUAUAAUUCGGUCAUUUGAUAAUUUCCCAUUAUGAAGUAGUCUAAACAGCAGAAGAGCGCGAACGAGGGGACGGUUUACUCUAUCAUGGCGUUGCUGUUGAGGAAGGUGUGGGAAUCUGUGUCAAACCGGGCGAGUUCUUGUUCGAGUUCGAGCAAUGAGUCCUCCAAUCCACCGAGCGACGUCGUGUUAUCUUCGUUCGGAGCUUUUGAUCCAAUACCGAUAGAUGUAGUGAUGCAAAUAGUGAGAUUGUUGGGGCCAAAAGAUGCAGCCAGGUUGAGCAUCGUUUGUAAGUUAUGGAGAUCACUCGUAUCAGAUAAUCGUCUCUGGAUUUACUUCCUUCAAAACUAUCAUGAUUCCUGGGACUCCGUUUUCUUUGCCGAAACCAAUCUCCGAUCAGGUUAUCCUAUCCAGGCUUACGGAAGUCACAUCACGACGGAGUUGUCAUUCAUGCGUAUAUAUGGCGAGCGGGAACAAGUUCCUGGUUGUGUUAUUAUCGAUGGUGGUUCAGGCUAUUGCAAGUUUGGUUGGAGCAAGUAUGCUUGUCCAUCUGGGCGUUCAGCUACAUUUUUGGAAUUUGGUAAUAUUGAGUCUCCAAUGUAUUCUAGGCUUCGACAUUUUUUUGCUACUAUUUAUAGCAGGAUGCAGGUAAGACCAUCAGCACAGCCAAUUGUGGUGUCCCUUCCAAUUUGCCAUUAUGAUGAUACUGAAUCUGCCAAAGCAUCAAGACGACAGCUAAAAGAAGCCAUGUACAGUGCUCUUUUUGACAUGAAUGCUCCAGCUGUAUGUACUAUUAAUCAGGCAACCUUAGCACUAUAUGCAGCUCGGCGAACUUCAGGAAUUGUUGUUAAUAUUGGCUUUCAAGUCACAUCUGUUGUUCCAAUUUUACAUGGCAAAGUAAUGCGCAAGGUGGGUGUUGAAGUUGUUGGUAUGGGAGCAUUAAAAGUUACAGGAUUCCUUAGAGAACAGAUGCAACAGAAUAAUAUCAAUUUUGAGUCACUUUAUACUGUUCGCACGUUGAAAGAGAACCUUUGUUAUGUUGCUGCUGAUUACAAAGCUGAGUUACAUAAAGACACACAAGCAUCACUAGAAGUACCAGGUGAAGGAUGGUUUACCCUUUCAAAAGAACGCUUUAAAACAGGGGAAAUUUUAUUCCAGCCACGAAUUGCAGGAGUGCGUGCAAUGGGUUUGCACCAGGCAGUAGGACUUUGCAUGGAUCACUGUCAUGCUGCAGAGUUGGCUGGCGAUGAUGCUUGGUUUAAGACUGUGGUUUUGUCAGGAGGCACUUCAUGUUUACCUGGACUAGCAGAGAGGCUGGAGAAAGAAUUGCAUGAACUUCUUCCAGCAUCAAUUUGCAGUGGACUAAGAGUCAUUCCUCCUCCCUAUGGUGCAGACACUGCAUGGUUUGGAGCAAAGGUUAUCAGCAACUUAAGCACCUUCCCUGGACCAUGGUGUGUGACAAAGAAGCAAUUCAAACGGAAAUCGAGAUUCAAUCUGGCAUGGUAAGUACAGUCUUUCGCCCAGAUGGAGCGCACAUUCAUGAGAUUUCUUCUAGAAAGCCCAGCUUUCACAUUGUAAAAAAUUGUCAAACAAUAUAUAUAUAUUUUUUUUCAAAAUUUUUUCCUGUUUUAUUGAAUUAUGUUAUAAACUCUUGGGCUACCGUAUGGAGGGUAGCCUUUCUAUCACUUGUAUUGUUAGUUUCAUUUGGCUCAUGGGAAUGGAAUAGAGUAAUAAGGACCACGAAUAGCUAUUUCUCA